GGGGGGGGCAGGGAAACAAUGAGGCCUUUGGUAAUUGUGCAGGAUCCACCCCCAGCUUCCCAGCGUGUCCCCUCUGAGGGCUGGAUCCCGGUGGUGGCUUGGGGGCGGGGCCGGGGGCCCUGAAUGGGCCCCUUGUCUCAGCGCUGGGUGUGGGCCAGGCUCCCCGGGCACACGGUGCCCUCGCCAGGCCUGGCUGGCCUCUGUGGCUUCCACCCCCAGCUGGCUGAGGACGGGCCCUGUGGGUGAGCAGGCCCCUCCCUGAGAGCCUGGGCUGGGCUCCCAUCCCAGGCUGCAGAGACAGGUAGAGAGAAGGACCCCAUCUAGUGGGGAAGGGGGAGAAGCAGCAGCCAACUGUCUCAGAGCACCCUGACCCCAGACUAAAGGGGACCUGUGGAAGGAGAGUGGGACACUGGAGGCCGACCCAGGUUGGACUUUCCACCCUUUGGCUCCCUGCAUUUAUGACCUUGGGCAGGUUCUUUGUUUUUUUCUGAAUCUCAGCUUCCCUACGGGUAAAAUGGCUCUGACAGUAAUACCUACUGGAGGGUUGCUGUGAUGAUUGCAUGACAUCAUACCUGGGAAAUGCCCAGUGAGUAUCAGGUGCUCAAUAAAUGUUAGCUUCCCUUCCCUGGACCUGGGGGAAGGAGAACUGAGGGCUCCGGGAUUGGUUCCGGGGAUCCUGGAAGGGCCUCGAGGGGUGGGGUCAGGGGUAGGUAGGCUCUCACAAUGGGCUAGAACUCUGCCUUCCUCUGAGUUCUCAUCCACUUUGACUCCUCUCCCUGUCUCAGGGAGGGGAGGAAAGGCUUAGGAUGAGUUGUCGGUGAAAGUUUUCCCCCUAGAUUCUCCAUUUCUUUCUUCUUGGCUGCACUUGAAGCUUCUAAGAGACCCCUUAGGUGGUGGCCACUGGCCUGCAGCCUGGUCCCCUCCACCCUUUGUACCAAAUGCUUGUCCUGCCCCCUACUUGGUGCUUGUGUAUUGGGAGAAAUGGCGGUGGUUAUGAGGUUCUUCCGAUGGAUUUGGCGAAAGAUUACUUGCUGGGUUUUCUUCUGGAAACAAAAAGCUAAGUCAACCUUCUUGGAACACCAUGAUUCCCAGAAAAGUGUAUUGAAGGUGGAGAAGACUCCCAAGGUGGUUGAGACUUUCAAGUUGGUUGAGCCCUGCAAAGAGGCUAAGAUUUCCAAGAUGGAGGAGUCCCCCGAGGUGGCUGAUGCCUGCAAGUUGGCCAAAGCAACAGAUAGGGCUAAGGUGGAGCCGGGUCAUAGGGCCCGAUCCCUGCUGCAGCUGCCCCGGACAGCUGUCAAGUCUGUCUCCAUGCUCAUGGUCUCGGCCCUGCAGAGCAGCUGGCAAAUGUGCAGCUGGAAGUCAUCUGUGAGUUCUACCUCCAUUUCCUCCCAAACGAGGUCUGGGUCCCCAGUGGAUACGUCGGAAGCUGAGAUGCUGCGGGAAGUGUACCUGAUACUGUGGGUCAUUCGGAGACAACUGCGACAGCUGGCCCGCAGGCAGGAGAGGCGGAGGCGGCGCCACAUCCGGGCCCACACUGGCUCCCAGCCUGACACGGCUCAGGGCCUGAAACAGGAUGCCCGGAGUCCCCUUUAGGGGGGAACCCCACAUCCUCAAAAAGCCCCACCUCAGUCUUAGGUAAGGUUGAUAGGAGAGGUUAGGACAGCAGGCCAGGAGUUGUGUGUGAGAAGUUUUCAUACUGUCACCUCUCUCAUCGGGAGCCUAAGCCCAGGUGUGGGGUCCCACUUAUUCCCCUUCAUUCCAUUUAUUCAAUUUGUAAAAAAAAAAAAAAAAAAAAAAAAAAAAAUUAUCAAAAGUUGGGAAAUAAAUAUCAGAUAUUUCUGAGUAAAUGGAGAGUGUGUUUGUGGAUAGCCAGAAGCAAUGAGGGGAACUCAGAGGGGGCACCUCAGGUCCUGCCCCAAAUAUGCAAGGGAGAAAUUUGUGGGCUUGGGGGAGCUUUGGGGGGGAUCAACACAUCCAGGCCCUAGGCCCAAACCUACCUCCAGGGGCUGAAUUGCCUUUGGCAACCCUGCCAGGCCGGGAGUGCAGCACCCUUUACAGAGACACGCCACUUCGCAUCCGGUCCUGAGCCCAUGCUCUCCCGGGCAAUCUUACAAGAUGGGUGUUUUGCAGAGGUUAAGUGGCUUGUGUAAAGCCGGAGGGCAAAGAUCUGCUGGAAACUGCCGGCUCCAACGGCCAGCGCACUGACGAGCCCCUCUGGCGCUCGAGGGCUCCGCCGCAGCGAGGGAGCCGGACAAGCGACGGUGGGGAAGGCACGCAGGCCCAGCUGGCCGCGCCCCUGCCGAGAGCGGCGCAAAACUACACCUCCCAGGGUUCCCAGCGGCGCCAAGGGCGGGGGCGGAGGCGCGGGGACGCAGGGGAGACCGGGGUGGGGGGGUGCGGCGGCUGGGCAAAGGCGCCCCAGGGCCGAGAGUCCUGCUUCCCGGAGCGGCAAGACUGAGAUUAACUGAAGGAGAAGACUGUACAUCCCAGGGCUGAAAAUGCUGUCUGCCCCUUGCUGGAGCUGUCUAUCUGCCCCGUGGGGUCAUUCUGGGGUGCUGGGAAUGGCCUAAGGAGAGACAAAGAGAAACAGAGUGUGAGUGGGGGAGGGGCAGAGAGAGAGAGGGAGACAGAAUCCAAAGCAGGCUCCAGGCUCUGAGCUGUCAGCACAGAGCCCGACACAGGGCUCCAACUCAUGGACUGAGAAAUCAUGACCUGAACUGAAGUUGGACGCUUAACUGAGCCACCCAGGAACCCCUCUUGUCUUUUUGGUGGCAGACAUUCUAACAGGCUUCACGGAGUGCCGGGGUUGACUUCUAGAGACAAGCAAAACCCUCAGGGGGCAGAUAAUUAGCAGUGCACAAGAGAUACAGCCAACUCAGAAAAACCCAUCCUUCCUGGCUGUGUGACCUUGAGCAACAGGUGCAUCUGCCAUCCUACACCGAAUUUGGCUUUCUACAGGACCAUGGAGGUCUUCAUAGAGCCUGGCCCAAGGGAUCUACUCUCUUCUGAUGGAUAGUGCUCUGUGACAUGACCUGAUGCUGCUCCUCAGUGGGACCUGUACCUGUUAACAAGUACAUGCUUACAUGUGUGUGUGUUGCGGGUCACCUCAUCGGCCAAAGCAUAACUACCCCUUGCAGGUGAGAGUGUCUUGUAAGCAAGAUGAGAUUUUCCUGGUGGGAUUUCUGGGGAGUACAGGACAAGUGGAUGAGCCCUAUGAACCAGGCAUGUUGAUCCUCCAAGCUGAUAUUAUAAGAGCUAUAAAGAGGACUCCCCCCACCCUCCCAGAACCACACUGGGCACCCUGCAGAUUUGAGGGUGGGCAGAGAAGAUCUGGAGAGGAUGGAUAUGGUCUCAGGAACAUCCAGCUCACUGCAUGGAUGCCUCCAGCGUCAAGUGGGGCAGAGAUGAUGCUGGGAGUGGAGUGAUAGAAGCUGGCCUAGGAUCUAGAGAAGAGGAAGAGAAGGAUAUGGAGGACCAGUCUCUUGGAAGUGGAGGAGGGGAGAGAUAUCUAGGCUGCAUUGGGUAAGGGGGAACACCCUGAGCUGGGACCACUGGCCUGAAGGUAGAGAAGGAAGAGGAGAUUUUGAUCAGAUUGGGGAACCCUGGUCUUGGUGCCCAAUGUCCCAGCUUAGCUUCGGGCCAUGGUGGGGCUCUCUUGGAAUGAUGGCUUCCCAUUCCAGGGCUUCUCCUGUUCCUCCAUUUGACCUGUGCCCUGUGUUACCUCAGCUCCUUGCUCGCUGGAUGACUCCCAAAGCACGGAGCUUGCUCCUGGCAGGAGAUCUGACCUGCUCCACCACUCCAGCUCUCACUGCACCCACUUUAUGCUUCUAGGGUUUUCUCUUUUGCCAAGAAGCAGUUGAUCUCCAGCAUCCAUCCUCAGACCUGCCACUUUUAAGUUGCAUCAGGAUACUCACUGCUUCCUGCGGUGCCUGGCACAUCUUUGGCGACAGCAGUGUGGAAGGCCUCUUUCUCUGCCAAGUUCACUUCCUGCUGGACUACCUGGUUCCUGCUUGUGGCCCCUCAAUCCCUCCAGCCUAGAACCAACCCAAUUCCAGAUCUUUGCUCAGCUCAUUGGUGCCAGAGCAACACGCCUUUCUUCAGCCUAGGAUGCAGAUAGGAAAUGUGCUGGGCAUUUGGGGGUUUUCUUGGGGUAAGGACUGAUACAGUGCAUGGCAGAGAGGAGCUUGUCAGGGGUGGGGUGUGGGGGCUGGGUCCUAAUUCCUAGGGCUCUGCUAGAAGCCCAGGUUUUGGUCUCCUAAAACUCAGUGUCUAAGGCCUCAGUUUCUUGAGCACGCUUCCUGGUUGCCAUGGUUGCCUGAUACUUUGGACAUGAUCAGUGACCAGCUGUGUGGCCACUCCCUGGACCUUGAGAUGUUGGAGGCCGUUGGAUGGGCAUUGCUGGACAGAGACCCUCACCAUUAACUUCUUCACACAAGACUUCCCCUAAUGGCCCCUCCCUCUGUGCUGAUAUGGCCCCCAUCCCUUUCCCUACAUGGAGGGACCCCAGUGAGUCAUUCCUCUAUAAUGCCAACACCAGGCUUCCCUCCCCAGUGCCUCCAAUACACCACCUGUCUCCCGCGUCCCACUCUUCCUCCUCCUGUCUUUACCUGUUUCCCUUGGUAACUCUCUGGAGCCUGGGGAAGCCUUCUCAGGACAAGAUGGUCCUUCAUGACCAGAUCCUUCUCACCAAGGGGCCUCCAAUCUCAGCCCUCCAAGGGAUCGGGAUGCUGCCAAGGCUGAUAGCAGACAGCCCAAUGUGGGGCCGAAUUCAUGAACCGGGAGAUCACGACCUGAGACGAAGUUGGUCACUUAACCAACCGAGCCCCCCAGGCACCUCCGUAAUUUAACUAUUUACCUGGUGAAGGACAUUUGGGUUGUUUCAAGUUCUUGGCUAUUAUGAAUAAAGCUGCUAUAACCAUG